AUGGCCUUCUCAUCCGCAACCCCACUUCACAGAAUCACCGCCAUUUCUUCUUCUUCUUCUUCUUCUUCACCGUUUUUCAAACCUUACCCUUCCCAACUAUCCCUUCAAUUCAACAAGAUUGCCUCCUGCUCACCCAAGUCCUUUGCCCUCGCUAACCACCAAAUGGGGCUGGACAAGGCUCCCGUUCUUCAUGAUCUCUCCAUCCUCCAGCGCCCUGAUUCUCUCGGCCGUUUUGGUAAGUAUGGCGGCAAGUAUGUUCCUGAAACCCUAAUGUAUGCUCUCUCCGAGCUUGAAUCCGCUUUUAAAGCCCUCGCCACCGACCAUCAAUUCCAGAAGGAAUUGGAUGGGAUAUUGAAGGACUAUGUUGGUAGGGAAAGCCCUCUUUAUUUUGCACAACGGCUUACAGAGCAUUAUAAACGUCCCAACGGUGAAGGACCUGAAAUCUAUCUUAAGAGAGAAGAUCUUAACCAUACUGGUGCCCAUAAGAUCAACAAUGCUGUUGCACAAGCCCUGCUGGCCAAGAAGUUAGGGAAAGAACGAAUCAUUGCCGAAACUGGUGCUGGACAGCAUGGAGUUGCAACCGCCACUGUAUGUGCACGCUUUGGAUUGCAAUGCAUCAUCUAUAUGGGUGCUCAAGAUAUGGAAAGACAAGCCCUUAAUGUAUUCAGAAUGAAGCUCCUUGGAGCAGAGGUUAGAGCUGUUCAUUCAGGGACAGCCACACUGAAGGAUGCUACAUCUGAGGCCAUAAGAGACUGGGUGACCAAUGUGGAAACAACUCAUUACAUCUUGGGCUCAGUUGCUGGACCACACCCUUACCCCAUGAUGGUAAGGGAGUUCCAUGCAGUAAUUGGUAAAGAAACGAGAAAGCAAGCAUUGGAAAAAUGGGGUGGAAGACCAGAUGUUUUGGUUGCUUGUGUUGGUGGCGGAUCAAAUGCUAUGGGGCUGUUCCAUGAGUUCGUUGAUGACAAAGAUGUUAGAAUGAUCGGAGUAGAGGCUGCAGGUUUUGGCCUAGACAGUGGAAAGCAUGCAGCUACCUUAACAAAGGGAGAGGUUGGGGUGUUACAUGGAGCCAUGAGCUAUUUGUUACAGGAUGAUGAUGGACAAAUCAUCGAGCCUCAUUCUAUUAGUGCAGGGCUGGACUACCCAGGAGUUGGACCUGAGCACAGCUUUCUAAAAGAUACUGGGCGUGCUGAAUAUUAUAGCAUUACUGAUGAGGAAGCAUUGGAAGCAUUUAAGAGACUGUCUAGAUUAGAAGGCAUAAUCCCAGCUUUGGAGACAUCUCAUGCACUGGCUUAUCUAGAGAAACUGUGCCCAACCCUUCCUAAUGGCACAAAGGUUGUCCUUAACUGCAGUGGUAGAGGAGACAAGGAUGUUCAUACUGCCAUCAAGCAUCUGCAGGUUUAAUAGUGUGUGUUUUUGCUGUUCAACCACCAAAAGAUUCAUGACAUUUGUGUCAUUAUAUUGUUUAAUCCCAUCCUUGAUUGGAAGAUGAAGGCUUUUUCUUGAAAGUGACAGUACUUGCAAUGUUUUCUUAUUAUGUUCAUGCCCUUGCUUCCAUUUUGCAAGUCUUGAUUGAUCUGUUUA